CCGCACUUAGAGCAGGGAAGGGGUUAUGGAGCUGUGGCAGUGGAUGCCCAUGUGCGUGUGGAUGUGGAUGACUGAGCUGGGGGCUGUAGAGACAGCACCCAGGAGAGUUGGCACCGACGCCUCAAUACCAGAAGCCAACUCUGGGCUCUUUGUAGACAGGCCUGACUUCUUUGAUUACCCAGACUCAGACCAAGCUAGCCUUCUUGCUGUGGCCCAGUUUAUUGGAGAGAAACCUGUGACCUUUGUAACAACAGGUUCCGGCCCUGGGCUCUUUCAGCACAUUCUGGUGGGCGCAUUGCUGUUGGCCUUCUUCCUCUUCCUUCUGCAGUUCUGCAUGCACGUGAGCUUCCAGAAAGGGGCCUGAGGAGCCAGACAGGAGCCCCCAACUCUGCUGUGUGCCACACACCUACUGGUCUUCUGUAGAGAAAUAAAGGCAGUGCCUCCUUCCUUCCUGA